UCCUGGCCCGCGGCCCGCCCUGCCGCGGCCAUGGCCAGUGACAGCGGCGGGCCCGGCGUGCUGAGCGCCAGCGAGCGCGACCGGCAGUACUGCGAGCUGUGCGGGAAGAUGGAGAACCUGCUGCGCUGCGGCCGCUGCCGCAGCUCCUUCUACUGCUGCAAAGAGCACCAGCGCCAGGACUGGAAGAAGCACAAGCUGGGCCUGCUCAUGAGCAGCAUGGACGACCUGAUCCGCCACUGCAGCGGGAAGCUGGGCAACUACAGGAUAAACGGCCGAACGAAAGCCAUGGUUGCUUGUUACCCAGGCAACGGAACAGGCUAUGUCCGUCACGUUGAUAACCCAAAUGGAGAUGGAAGAUGUGUGACAUGUAUAUAUUAUCUAAAUAAAGACUGGGACGCCAAGGUAAGUGGAGGUAUUCUUCGAAUUUUUCCAGAAGGCAAAGCCCAGUUUGCUGACAUUGAACCCAAAUUUGAUAGACUGCUGUUUUUCUGGUCUGACCGGCGUAACCCUCAUGAAGUACAGCCAGCAUAUGCCACAAGGUACGCAAUAACUGUUUGGUAUUUUGAUGCAGAUGAGCGAGCGAGAGCUAAAGUAAAAUAUCUAACAGGUGAGAAAGGUGUGAGGGUUGAACUCAAGCCCAAUUCAGUCAGCAAAGAUGUCUAGCAGGGCCUUGGGUCCGGCCGUACCCACGUCACCUACAGCCUCUCAGUUGCCUUCUGUGGACUCGUGGACAGGAUGGACAGAGAGACANCCGCCUGGUAUUUCAGCUGGGAGCCAGGCGACUUCGCCGGGUGUCCUCCAACAGAGGGCUCCAUCUGCUGGGACUGUACUGUGGGGUCAGNUCCAGAUCUGUGGCUUGCUCUUGGCUGCUGACCGAAGAGGANACGCUNUCGGAGGAGAGUAGCUUUUCCAUCUGGACACGAAACAAGGGCCCUUUGUAGGAUUUUCUUCAGUCUUCUAUUUUGCCAGACCUGUCACCUAACUGAGUUCAUUUCAUCUCUUUUUUAUAUCAAGUUUUGAAUUCGGGGAAUUUUUGUAUUAGGUACAAUUUAUCAAAACUGAAUUAAGAAAAAAAAAUUUACAGUAUUAUUCUCAAAAUAACAUCAAUCUAUUUUUGUAAACCUCUUCGUGCUAUUAAAUUUUGCCCUCAAGGCCUCCUGCGAUGAUUGUUACCAGUGGAUGAUGAUUUGUUGCUUCUGCCUGAAAGUAAAGGACGGGCGCUGUGUCCCAGCUCGAGUGCACAAGGUUUUUCUUGGCCCGUCUCUCAGUGAUUCCAACUCGUAAAGGUCACUGCUCUUGCACUUCGACCUAACAGUAGAUGGUUGCCACUGGCACUCCACUAACUCAUAGGAGAUGGAAUAAGCCACAGGGAGAGGGCUUGUCUCUUCAGUUGAUUUUUUAAAGCUAAGUGACAGGCACUAAAUGAACUCGGGCUCCCCCUCCGCUUCGGGUUCCCAAGACAAAGGGCUUUCUUCUGCGGCAGGUCUAGCCUGCCACAGCUGUGUCCCACUGCCGCAGGUUUCCUUGUGGCUUCUUUGUCGUUUUGACUGUGCUUCCAGACCCUUCCAGGUC